AUGAGCGUUCAUUUUCUCUUUCCCAAGCCAUCUUCUACCGAAGAAAAAAAAAAGGAUUCCGAUGGAGAUAUUGACAUGCUCUUAAAAUCUCAAAGGGAAAACUUUGAGAAACAUGUGGUCAUACCGGGAGAAGGGAUCACCCAUGACACAAAAUAUAUGGGGGGACAUGGAACCUACUUUGAUCACGAAACUCAUUUCUCCUCUGUAGCUGGUGUCGUGGAGAGGGUGAACAAUCUGAUCUCUGUGCGGUCUCUACACGCGAGGUAUACUGGGAAUAUUGGUGAUUUGGUGAUUGGUCGGAUAACCGAGGUAUCAAACAAACGAUGGAAAGUUGACAUAAAUUCACGUCAAGAUGCAGUGUUGCUGUUGUCCGCCAUUAAUCUUCCCGGAGGAGUUCAGAGACGUAAGACCGAAGCUGAUGAACUUCAAAUGAGAAAAUUUUUCAUCGAAGGAGAUCUAUUGGCGGCAGAGGUUCAAGGAACAUUUCAAGAUGGUUCGUCAUCCUUGCACACGCGAAAUCUGAAAUACGGCAAACUCCGUAAUGGAUCAUUCCUCGCUGUCCCACCGGCACUCAUCCAACGUUCCAAGACGCAUUUUCACACAUUAUCAUGCGGAAUUGAUGUCACUUUGGGAUUGAAUGGAUAUGUGUGGGUCAGCAAACAUUCUUCCAAACCUUUGGACGAGGUGGAUCCCGAAUCGAUAUAUUCCAAUGAAAAUGAGCCGAUCGAUCAGGCCACUCGGGAAACAAUUGCUCGCGUAUGUAAUUGUAUAAAUGCGCUGAGCAGAAACUUUAUGAACAUCACCGAUACGGUUAUAAACUGUGCGUACGAGGUCUCACUCAAGUAUCCUGUCAAAGAAGUUCUAAAAUCGGAGGCAAUGGAGUUCAUUGUCAAUCAAGUCAAGUCAAGUUAA